UAAGCGCUUUUUUCCCGAAAUGAAGCCAAACACACCUUAGCAGAAGCAGCGAACAUCGGCUUUAAUGGCGGAUGCAGCAGAGUCCCAUGGCGGCGGAAACAAACCCCAGCGAGUGCUGGAGUUCUACAGUGGAAUCGGCGGCAUGAGGUACUCUCUGAUGCGAGCAGGGGUGAAAGCUCAAGUGGUUGAAGCAUUUGAAAUCAACGACAGAGCCAAUGACGUUUACGAGCAUAAUUUCGGUCAUCGUCCUUAUCAGGGAAAUAUUCAAUGCUUGACUGCGGCUGAUCUCGACGGCUAUGGUGGAGAUGCAUGGCUUCUUUCUCCUCCUUGCCAACCUUACACGCGGCAAGGUCUCCAGAAGGACACUGGUGAUGCUCGGGCAUUUUCUUUUCUUCAGAUUCUUGAGCUUAUGCCAUUCUUAUUGAAGCCUCCAAGCUUGUUAUUCGUAGAAAAUGUUGUUGGCUUCGAGACAUCUGACACACAUGCAAAACUGAUUGAAAUAUUGGACAGAACAAAUUUUGUUACACAGGAGUUCAUUUUGAGCCCACUACAGUUUGGAAUCCCAUAUUCUAGGCCUCGAUAUUUUUGUCUGGCUAAGAGAAAGCCCUACUCUUUUGUUAAUGAAAUUUGGAACAGACAACUGAUUCAGUCUCCAGGACCAUUAUAUGAGCAUUUUGAUACAGCCGUUAUUGAAGAUGAUUUAUCACAAGAGGACAGGCAUAAGUUGUUGCAGUCAUGUGAACCUAUUGAAAGUUUUCUCGAGUUAAAGAAUCCUAGCAAUAAUAUUGAGGCUGAAUCUGCAACUUUGGGCAAAGGUGAUGAUAAUGUCUGUGACUCUUUACAGCAGUGUUAUGUUCCAAUGAGUUUGGUUGAGCGGUGGGGAAGUGCUAUGGGUAUCCACCCUUACAUUAAUUAUUGCAGUAUAUUCAAAUCAGCGUAUUAUAAUUUUUUUUUUGGGGGGGGGUUCUAGUUGGUAGAAAUUUAGCCAAAGAAGAGGGACAAAGCAUCAUUGAAGGAGCAGUGCCUUAGAUAUUUUACCCCUAGAGAGGUUGCAAACAUUCAUUCGUUUCCUGAAGAUUUCAAGUUUCCAGAUCACAUUAGUCUCAAACAACGGUAUGCUUUGCUAGGAAACAGUUUAAGCAUAGCAGUUGUUGCUCCCUUACUUCAGUAUCUUUUCGCCAAUCCGUAGUGAUUUUCAGUCACAUUCAUAUGAUUCAUUGACUAGCAGCUGAUAUUUUCGAAUCAUGCCAUUGCCUACUACAAUUUUUGCAAUGACAAUCGGAGAUCCUGCAACUGGUUCAUUUCCCUGAAAACCACAUUCAAUCAUGUGAUCGUAGUUAUCAAUACUGACCCUAGGUGGUCAUGAAAUGUAAUCGGAAUUUGAAGGGGAUUAGAAAUGUUAUAUUCAAGCAAUGUUGUGAAGAAGAAAGGAUAGGAUAUUGUGAACUGCUUGCUUACGUGGCAAACUUAUUCCUUUAUUUGCAUAUUGAUUAGAAUUGAUAGCAAA